AUGACAGAGGUGGCCCAGAACUCUGACUUGGUCAUUGGUCAACUAAACACCGCCAAACAGUUGGUUGUAUCGCAGCCGGAUCAUUUUCUUAGCGUGUUCAAAGGAAUCUUGCCAAUAGUCAGUAACGCGACGCAGUCAUAUCCAGUGCGUAAGUGGGGGGUUGAUUUCAUUUACGAUACGUUUGUCAACAACUUCAACCCUAACCUCAAGAGCGGGGAAAGAGUAGAGUUGGCCAUAGAUUCUCUUGAUACUUUAAUCUUCUUAAUUGAUUUGUCAACAAAUUUACAGCAUCAACACCAGCAGUUGCAGCAGCAGGGCCAGCAGAGCAAGAUCCAGCCCCAGGAGUUGGAUGUGGCGACGUUUCGACAUCUCAUCGAUAUUUCCACCAUUGUUUACAAGUUGGUUUUCCAGUAUGUGAGUGAAAACGACAAUUGUAACCAGAUUUGGAGCAAAUUGACCGAGUUGAAGAACUCGUUGGUCAAUAAGUUCCAGACUACCUACCCCUUGGGCAAGUCGGACAACGAGGAACACGACUUGAAAAGGAAUAUUGCCACAAAGUUGGACUUGUUGAAGUUUUUGAUGACGGUGAUUGACUUCCAGUCCAAAACGCAGGUGAUUGGCGAUGGCGUGGAAACCGCGGGGUUCAACUUGAAUAGCGUGAGACCCGAUCACGGCUUGAUCAAGUACCAAAACAUGGAGUACGAGUCGAGCACCUUGUUUACCUUGGUCUUGAAAUUGUUCCAAACGGAUAUAAUUGUCCCCACCAUCAUCACCGCCGCUUUGAACCAUAGCAUGAUUAUUUUGAAAAAGAAACCCCAGCUUGCGGCACCUUUGCUUAAAGCGGUGCUGGCCUAUGACACCAACAAGAAACUCCAAUCCAAUUACCAAUCCGUGGAAGAGUUUAAGCUUGCUAAAAAAUAUGUCGAUCGUGCCAUCCGCAUCUUUAUAUCUUAUGCCAAGCGGAACAACCUUAUACCCACGUCACUUAAGAGCUCGCUAGAUCUGCAAAUGAAGGUGUUGGAAGAUCGAGGCAAUGCCAUCAAGAAAAUCAACAUCUUCAACACCGAUGAGCCCAAUAUCCGCAAGAGGAAAUUCGAGGGUUUUUACAACCCUUCGAAAAAGAUCAAGGUCUUGGACUAUAAGCACUUGUAUGCGUUGGACAAGGAUGAAGGGCUUGCUGGGUUUGAUCUCAGUCUGAUCCAACAACAGGGCGUGCACGCGAAUAUAGUGUUGAAUGCAUUGCGCAAAGUUUCUGUCCAAAGGCUCACCAAGGCUUUGGAGAUUAUUGCCGAGAGAUAUAGAGACGCAUUGACGAGACCAGCUCCAGCCAUGGUCAAGCAGGAAAAUGGCUCUGGGUAUCCCGCUGCAGCGAGGAACAACGGCAGUAGCAAUAACAACGGUGGUGGCAUCGGUCAUCUAAAGGGUAACGGUCUCGGUAACGGUAACAAUAUUGGUACGAAUAACGAUGGUACUGAUAAUUACGACGGAGCAGCAGCAGCAGCAGCUGGAGGAGGAGGAGGAGGAGGAGGAGGAGGCGAUGGAGAAGAUGACGCGGAUGAUGUUGACGACGACGAGUUUGAUGACGAGCCAAUAUUCACUUUACCACCUCCACUGGAUCUCUCAUUUGACGAAAAAAAGCGCCAUUUAUCCAUCAUCAUCAACAAUUUCUUCAAGUUGGCCAAAGCACCACCUAGCAACAAUAGAGUUGCCCCUCCUGUGCCGCCAAAGACGAUUAAAGAUGAGGAAGGGGACCGACAGCUUUCGAUAAAUGAACAAUUGACAGAUGUGGCGAUAAAGUCGUUCAACAAGGACACUUGGGUUCUUCUCUUGACGAGAUUAGCCACGCGAGGGAUGCGGACGGUAGCCGAAGAAGACGAAGCGGCAGAAAAGUCACCCGAUGACGUGAACAAGGAGGAAAUGAGCAACAUGAUUCGUGAGUCGAUAUUCAACUACUUUGUUGAAGUCAUCCACGCACGAAUAGACGUGGCUAUAGAUUGGUUGAAUGAGGAAUGGUUCAGCGAACAGGUUUUCCAGCAGAAUCGUCUCCUACUGAAAGCUGACAAGUCUGUCACCGAGGUCUCCACCGAUGAAGUGGAAACUCCCAUAUAUUACAAGUGGGCCACCAAAGUCAUUGACUCGAUGAUCAAUUUCAUCGAACCAAACGACAAAAAGAUCUUUAUUCGACUAUUGAGCGAUUUACCAGCGUUGAACGCAGAAAUGUUGCACAAACUAAAGAAGUUGUGUUUUGACCCCGCUCGUUCCGGAGUGGGCUUUUUGGCAUUGCACUAUUUGAUCAUGUACCGGCCACCAGUUAAAAGCAUAUGCGUUGAUAUUUUGAAAGAGUUAAGCGAGAGCGACCAAGAAGACGUUCGAGACGAAGCUAAGAAGAAGCUAGCUAGAAUAUAG